AUGGCGGAGGAAUAUGAAAAGUUUAAACGGUUUGAGUAUCGAAUGAACUCAAACCUGGUUCUUCAAAGAGAAGGACCAGCACCUAAUCAGAAUGAGCCAACGGGAGAAAGUGAAAGUCUAGUUGGCAAGAUAAAAUAUAAGAUGGGUGAUAAAGUAGAAUAUAAUAAACCAGUAGAUUCAAGAAGAGGGAAAAACAAAAAUGAUCGGAGUAAUAAAAAACGUUUAGAUGAUGAUAAUGAAAUAUAUUUUGAAAAAAAAGUAAAAAGGAUUAAAAAUAAUUCUUAUAUAAAUAAUGUAAAAGAAAAAAGUGUUUUAAAUGUAAAUAUCGAUGAUAUAUUUUUAUAUAAGCCAAGUACAAAAUAUACGGAAGAGAUAUUUAGUAAAAUUAUGAGCAUAGUAAGAAAUAUAAUAGGUGAUAAUACAGGAGAUAUUAUAAAUAGUGCAUGUAAUGAUGUAAUAAGUAUUUUAAAAAAUGAUGAAAUUCAAAAUAAUGAUACAAAAAAAAGUGAAAUAGAAGAUGUGCUAGAAAUUAGUAUAUCAGACAAUGAAUUUAUUGAAUUAAAUAAUUUAGCUAAAGAAAUUUAUGACUUUGAUAAAAAAGAUGAAGAUAAUGAAAUUGGAGAUGAUGAAGGGGUUGCAGUUAUUUUUGAUGAAGCAGAUGAUUAUUUUAAUUAUAAAAAUGGAAAAAAUAAAAGAAGUGAUAAUUUAGAUGAUACAGGUACUAAUGUAAGUGAAUUGAGUUUGGAUGAAGAGGACGAGGAGGAAGAAGAAGAGGAAGAGGAAGAAGAGGAGGAAGAAGAGGAGGACAGUGAAGAGGAAGAAGAAGAGGAAGAAGGAAAGGAAGAUAAUGAGUUAAGUUUAAAAAAAGGUAGAAAAAAUAAAAAAUAUGAAACUCAUUUAAGUUUAAAAAAUGUGAAUAAAGAUUUAAAAUUUGGAAAAAAUAAAGAAUCAGAUGAAUAUGAAAUAGAUACAAAUAGUAUAGAUCCACAUUGGCUUCAAAGAAAAUUAAAUACAAUAUUUAGUGAAGCUAGUUUAUGUAUAGAAAAAGAAAAAGAAGUAUUAGAUAUAUUAAAAAUAUAUGAUAUACAAGAAUGUGAAAAUAAAUUAGUAAAUAUAUUAAUGUAUGAAAAUUUUUCAAUGGUUAAAUUGUUUAUAAAAAACCGAUGGAAAAUAUAUUAUUGUACAUUACUUGGUCAGGCUCAAAGUGAAAAAGAAAAAAAAGAAAUAAUUGAAAAUAUGAAAAAAACUGAGGAAGGAGAAGAAAUAUUGGAAGAACUAUCAAAUUUUAGAAAUAUAAAAAGAAAUAAGCAAAGUGAAUUUACAAAAAAUUUAAGAAAAGAAGCAGAUAACUUAAUAAGCAUGAAAAUGAAAGAAGGAAGUAAGUAUGGAGAAAAAGAUGGAUCAGGUAAUUCAAAACAAUUUAUACAUGAUGACGAGGGUGGAGAAAGCGAGGAAGAAGAAGAGGAGGAAGAUGAAGAAGGAGAUGAUGAAAAUGGGCAAGGAAUAAAAAUAAAUGUAAAAAUGAAUGAGAAAGGAAAGAUAAAAAGUCGAGAUGAUGAGUUAAAAGCUAAAUAUAUAGAUUUAGAAAAAUUAAAUUUAAAAAUAAAAAAUAAUGAUUUUUUAAAUAAAGAAAUAAUAUUACCUGAUGGAAGUAAAAGAAUUGAAAAAAAAGAAUAUGAUGAAAUAAUAAUAUCACCAAAUAGUAAUGAUAAAAAAAGUAGUAAAAAUAGUUUACGAAAUAAUAAAUAUAAUUAUUAUACAAAUAAAGAUGAGAUAAAAUUAAUUGAUAUAAAUGAAAUGCCUGAAUGGAGUAGGGAAACAUUUUUUUGUGUGAAUGUUAAGAAGUUAAAUGCAGUUCAAUCAGCUGUAUAUGAUAUAGCUUUUAAUAAGUUUGAAGAGAAUUUAUUAAUAUGUGCACCUACCGGUUCAGGUAAAACAAAUAUUGCAUUAUUAUGUAUGUUGAAUGUGAUUAAUAAUUAUCGUUUAUCGAGUGGAAAUAUAGAAAAGAAUAAUUUUAAAAUAGUUUAUAUAUCACCUAUGAAGGCAUUAGUAAAUGAACAAGUACAAUCAUUUAGCUUACGAUUGAAAUCAUUGAAUUUAAAAGUUUGUGAAUUAACAGGAGAUGUACAUUUAAGUAGUAGAGAAAUUGAUGAUCAUCAGGUUAUUGUUAUGACUCCCGAAAAGUUUGAAGUAAUUAGUAGAAAAUGGAAUGAUAAAAUAAUGUUACAAAAAAUAAGAUUAAUAAUUUUUGAUGAAAUCCAUUUAUUAAAUGAAGCAAGAGGUCAUGUUUUAGAAAGUAUAAUUACUAGAAUAAAUAGAUAUGUUGAUAAUAAUGCAUCUAGUAUUAGUAAUAUAAAUAAAAAUAAUGGAAUACGAUUAGUAGGUUUAUCUGCUACACUUCCUAAUUAUGAAGAUGUAGGAAUAUUUUUAAGAGCCGAUCCUAAAGAGGGUAUUUUUUAUUUUGAUUAUUCUUUUCGACCAGUACAAUUAGAGCAAUAUUAUAUUGGAUUAAAAGAAAAAAAAGGAAUAAAAAAAUAUAACCUUAUGAAUGAAAUAACAUAUGAAAAAGUUUUAGAAGAAGCUGGUAAAAACCAGAUGCUAAUUUUUGUUCACAGUAGAAAAGAAACAUAUAGAACUGCCAAAAUAUUAAUUGAUAAGUUUGUAAAAAAUGAUAAUUUAAAUUUAUUUUUGAUGGAUAAGAAAAUAUCUAGUGAAAUAUUAUUGUCUGAAAAAGAGGCUAUAGUAAAUGAGGAAUUAAAAGAAUUAUUACCUUUAGGUUUUGGUAUACAUCAUGCAGGUUUAAAAAGAACAGAUCGUAAAUUAGUUGAAGAUUUAUUUUCUGAUAGACAUUUACAAGUAUUAGUAUGUACAAGUACAUUAGCAUGGGGUGUAAAUUUACCUGCACAUACAGUUAUAAUAAAAGGUACGACAAUAUAUAAUAUAAAUAUAGGUAAUUUUGAUGAGCUAUCAUUUAUGGAUGUUUUACAGAUGAUUGGUAGAUCAGGUAGACCUCAAUAUGAUAAAACAGGAAAAGCUAUAAUAAUUACGGAUCAUAAAAAUUUACAAUUAUAUCUUUCAUUAAAUAAUGAGCAGAUGUAUAUUGAAUCUACAUUAAUGCAAAAUGUAAUAAAUAUAAUAAAUGCUGAAAUAGUUUUAAAAAAUAUUCAAGACUUUAAAGAUGCAAUAAAUUGGUUUAAAUAUACUUAUAUGUACAUACGUAUGAUGAAAAAUCCAAAUCAUUAUGGAAUAGGAGAUGAUAAGAAUAGACUUAUAAAAAAUGUAAACAAUCGAGUUAAUGAUAUAAUAUAUUCUUCAUUUUUAACAUUAGAAAAAUAUGAUUUAAUAAAAUAUAAUAAAAAAUUAAAAAAUGUAAAUAGUACAUAUAUAGGAAAGAUUAGUAGUUUUUAUUAUAUAGAUUAUAAAUCUAUGGAUAUGUAUAAUAAAAAAUUAAAUAAAUAUACAAGUGAGAUUGAAUUAUUGAAAAUAUUUGCAAUGAGUGAGGAGUUUAAAAAUAUAUUUAUUCGUAAUGAGGAAAAAACAGAGUUAUCGAUUUUAAUGGAAAAAUUACCAAUACCUGUUAAAGAAUCUAUUAAUAUAUCUUUUACAAAAAUAAGUAUAUUAUUACAAUUAUAUCUUUCAAAUAUAACAUUAAAUGGAUAUAUAAUAAAUGCAGACUUAGUAUAUAUUCAUCAAAAUGCUUUACGUAUAUUUCGGUCUCUUUUUGAAAUUGCAUUAAAAAAAGGGUUUUAUAAUUUAAUUUAUUUAUGUUUAAAAUUUUGUAAAAUGGUAGAGCAUCGAAUGUGGAGUAGUAUGACGCCUUUAAGACAGUUUGGAUUAUUAAGUAAAGAUUUAAUAAAAAUAAUUGAAAAAAAGAAUAUAAGUUUUAAAAAUUAUUUAACUAUGGAUUUAAAUGAAUAUAUAACAGUAUUUAAAAAUAAAAAGAUAGCAAAAAAUAUAUAUAAAUUAGUUCAUCAUUUUCCUAAUAUUGAAUUAAGUGCAUAUAUCCAACCAAUAGAUCAUAAGAUGGUUAAGGUAGAAUUAAAUGUGACUCCUGAUUUUAUUUAUAAUCCUAAAUAUCAUGGAUAUACGAUGUUAUUUUGGGUGUUUGUUUUUGAUAUUGCUAAUGAAAAUAUAUUACAUUAUGAUGUGUUUACUUUAAAAAAAGGAUUUGAAACAGAUACAAUGUUAGAUGGUAUAAAUGGUGGGAGUUCAAAUAAAAAAAAUAAUUGUGAUAGUUUUGAUGAACAGUUAGUACGAUUUUAUUUACCAGUAAAUGAUAGCCCAUUUUAUAUAAUAAAAGUAAUUUCUGAUAAAUGGCUAGAAUGUGAAUGUACAGUAAAUAUAAAUUUGAAUGAUAUUUAUUUACCUCCAAAACAAGGGUACUCUACUCAACUAUUAGAUCUUCAAGCUUUACCAAUAAGUUCAUUAAAAUUUGAUAGUGGAAAAAAACUAUUUAUGGAUCGAAAUAUAGAGAGUUUAAAUCCAGUAAGUACACAAGUAUUUACAUCUUUAUAUGAAAAUAAUGGAAACGUAUUAGUAUGUUGUUCAAAUUGGCAAUAUUAUUUAAUAUCAGCUGAGUUGGCAAUAUUUCGUAUAGUAAAAUAUUUUGAAGAAUUACAUGACUAUGUAAGGUAUUAUAUAAAAAGUGAAAAUAACUUAACUAAAAUAAUGAAUGAUAAAAAGUUAGCUAACAUUCUUUAUAAUGACCAUUUAAGUUUGAUAAAAAUAGUUUAUAUAGCCCCUUUAGAGGAAAUAGUUUUAAAAACCCAUAAAAAUUGGAUAGCAUUAAAAAAGACAUUAAAUUUAAAAAUGUGUAUAUUAAGUGGUGAUGUAGGAAUAGAUAUGAAACUAUUUCAAACAAAUAAUAUAAUAUUAACAACUCCAGAUAAAUAUGAUAAUAUAUCUAAGAAAUGGAGAAGGAAAAAAAUGUUUCAAAAUGUGAGUCUCUAUAUUUACGAUCAUAUAGAAUUAUUAAAUACAAACUAUGGAGCUAUUAUGGAAGUUCUAAUAAGUAGAGUACGAUAUAUAUCAAUACAAUUACAAAUAAAUAAUAAAAGUGAAUCUACCAAAAGUGGUAGUGAAUUGAUAACUCAAGAGGAUUUAGAUCUUGUGAAGGAGUAUAUACAAAAUGAAAAAGAUAAAGGUAAUAAGAGUUCUAAAAAAAAUAAUAAUGAAAUAGCAACACAUUUAGAUAAGUUACGUAAUUUAAAAAUGGAAGAUAUAUAUAAAUAUAUAGGAAUAAAUAGAAUAGUAUGUUUAUCUAGUUGUUCAUUACAAAAUUCGAAGGAUGUAUCUGAAUGGAUAGGAUGUAAAAAAAAUGAUUACUACAAUUUUAUAUCAACAACUCGUACAAUACCAAUUGAAAUAUAUUUAUUUGCAGUAAAUAUUAUGAAUACAAAAAAUCGAUAUAUAUCAAUGCAACGUCAGGUUUAUCAGAAUAUAAAAAAGUUUAUUAAAAGUAAAAAGAAUGUUAUAAUUUUUGUUACAGAACAGAAGGGAUGUAAAACAUUAGCACUUGAUUUAAUUUUAUCAGCAUGUAAUGAUGACUUUACUUUUAAUUCGGUGGUUAGUGAUACUAUGAAUUAUAAAAAUAAAGAAAAUGAAAAUAUUUUCGAUCAUAUUAGUGAUAAUAUUUUAGUAGAAUGUUUAAAAAAAGGGGUAGGAUAUAUAUAUAAUAAUAUGUUGGAUAUAGAAAAAAAAAUAGUUGAAAAUUUAUUUGAUAAGAAGGGAUUUGAAGUAUUAAUAAUAUGUUAUGAUUAUUUAUAUAGUUUAAAUGUUUAUGGAAAUAAUAUAAUAAUAUUAGAUACUAUAAUAACCCAUUAUAAUAAUAAAGAAGAGGACUAUUCGAUUCAAUCGAUUUUAGAAAUGAUUAGUUUUGCAGGUAGAGAAAGAGAAGAUGAUAAAUCAUUUGUUUAUAUAUAUACAUAUAUAACAAAAAAAGAAUAUUAUAAAAAUUUUAUAUACGAGCCAAUAACAAUUGAAUCUAAUAUCGAAGAGUAUUUACCAAACUUAUUAAAUAAUGAGAUAGUUAUGAAUACUAUUGAAAAUUAUCAAGAUUCUAUUGAUUUAUUAACUUGGUCAUUUUUUUAUAGACGUAUAAAAAAGAAUCCUAAUUAUUAUGGAUUAAAAGGUGUUAGUACUGAACAUAUAUCUGAUUAUUUAUCUGAGUUGAUUGAAAAUAAUAUUGAAUUAUUAUCUAUUGCUAAUUGUGUUAGUGUAUCUAAUGAAGAGGAUGAAGAAGGGGAUGGAUCAUCAGGUGUUUUAUUAAAACCAUGUAAUCUUGGAAUUAUAUCAUCAUUUUAUAAUUUAGAUUAUCAUAUAAUAUAUUUUUUUAAUCAGUAUAUUAGUUCAAUAAAGGGAUUGAAAAAAAAAAAAAUAUUAGAAAUAGUUUGUCUUGCUAACAUAUUUAGUGAUAUAGUAAAGAUACAAAGUCAUGACAUAUUCCUUUGUUUAAAGAUUGCUAAAUCUUGCAAUAUACAAGUAACUUAUGAAUUUUUGAAAUUAUCAUUAGACAGUAAAAGUUUUUUUAAAGAAGAUGAUGAGGAAGAGCAUAAUGAUCAAAAUGAUAAUCAAAUAAUUAACUUAACUAAUUUUAUGGCUAAUCCAUCAUAUUUUACUCCAAAUUUAAAAGCUUUAAUAUUAUUACAUGCACAUAUAAAUAGAUUUUCUAUACCUGUAAAUUAUAUUGAAGAAACAAAAUAUGUUUUAUUGAAAUCAUUGAAAUUAAUAAAUUCAUUAAUAGAUGUAAUAAGUAGUAAUAAUAUUUUAAAUUAUUGUCUUUUUGUUAUGGAGAUGUCUCAGAUGAUAACCCAAUGUUUUAAAAGUACGGAUGAAUCAAAUUUAUAUCAACUACCAUAUUUUAAUGAAGAAUUAGUAGAAAAAGCAAAUAAACUUGAAAUAUUUGAUAUAUAUGAUUUAAUUAAUUCAGAAGAUGAUAUAAAAGAUGAUCUAUUAAAUGGUUUGAGUGAAAAAGAAAAAGGUGGUAUAGCUAAUUUUUGUAAUUCUUUUCCAAUUUUAGAAGUAAAUUAUGAUAUAGAUUUAGAUAAAGAAUAUAAAAUUAAUGAGAUUGCUCAAUUAAAUGUAAAUGUAGAUCGAGAUAUUUCAGAUGACGACCCAGUCGGAUUUGCACAUUCUACUUAUUUACCUUUUGAAAAAGAAGAAUCAUGGUGGUUUGUAAUUGGAAUUAAAAAACUUAAUUUAUUAUUAUCUAUUAAAAAGGUAUCUCUACUAAAGCAAGAGAAUAAUGUAAAAAUAAAUUUCGAACUACCAGAUAAACCAGGCAAAUAUGAUAUAGUUAUGUAUUUGGUUAGUGAUUCAUAUAUUGGAUGUGAUCAGGAGUACGAGUUUGCAAUGGUUGUUGACGAGUAG